AUGGCAGGAGCGAUCAUAGAGAAGAUGAGCACUAAAAAGUUGGUUUUAUUUGUUUUCUUCAUUUUAUUAUUCCAAAUAUUUUCCAUCUUGGUUGGAGCAUUAAUAUCUCCCAGUCCUACCACUGCAAUCAGCUACUUGGCCACCAAAUGCAUCAAUUUCCACAGGACACGUGCUUGGCUCAUGCCAUGGGGCUCAAAUCGAUGCCAGCAGGUCCACAGUUUUGACGACCCUUUGGCAAAAACGCUUGAUGCCAACGACAUUGUUUUUGCUGUGCAUGUACCCCUACCCAACACUGAAAUGAGUCCGUGGUUUCAAUACAUGCUGGCUGUUCUGCAGUUUGACAUUGCAUUCAAAAUGAUAAAUCAGAUUGAAGAUGAUGUGGUCAUCACUAUCGAUGCCCGUCUGGCAUACAGGGAUGACAUGGCGUCUGAGUGGACCACAAAAUUUCACUCGGUGGAGCAAAGGCCACUCAGGUGCACAUUUGCAGUAUCCAAGACGUAUGAAAACGAAGGGCGCUUUUAUCACUGUGACCCAAUACCAUUCAUGGAGCUGGGAAGUGUAGCCCACAAAUAUUUUUUAAUGAACCUGCGUUUGCCAGUGAAUGACACAAUGAACGUUGGCAUCGGGGAAAUAAAGGACAUCCAUGUAGUGGGCAUCCACCAGAAUGGAGGCUUCACCAAAGUGUGGAUCAGCAUGAAGACUGUGUUCAGUCCCUGGAUAUCAGUGGCUACAGUUUGGUACUGGUACAGGAUUCGGCUCUUGGCGAGACCUCCGGUCCUUUUGGAAAAGGUAAUUUUUGCUCUGGGCCUCUCAAUGGCCUUCCUGGACAUGCCGGUGGAGUGGCUGUCCAUGGGCUUUGAGUGGACAUGGAUGCUGCUGUUUGAAGAUGCCCAGCAGGGCGCCUUAUACUCUGUACUCUUCUGUUUCUGGAUCAUCUUCUGUGGUGAACACCUCAUGGACCAAUGUCAGAGGAAUCUCCUCUCAGCUUAUUGGUGGCAAGUUGGGCUUGUGGUGUUUGGAUCUUGUGUUCUUCUCAUAUUUGACUUGAGUGAAAGGGGGAUUCGUUUGAGCAAUCCAUUCUACAGUGUGUGGGCAUCAGAAUCCAGGAGUAAGAUUGCAGUAUCCUUCAUUAUUGUGGCAGGGAUUUCUGUUUGCCUUUAUUUCUUCUCCCUGUGUCGCAUGGUGCACUGUGUGUUCAGAACCAUUAGUGGGAAAAUGCAACAGCUUCCUACAAUGCCAGAGACUCGGAGACUGCGCUAUAAGGGUAUUAUUUUCAGGUUUAAAUUUUUAAUGCUGGCAACACUCACAUGUGCUGCUCUCACCAUCAUCUUCUUCAUCUUAAAUCAAGUCAGCGAAGGUCAUUGGCACUGGGGAGACUACACUCUCCAAGUCCACAGUGCUUUUCUUACAGGAAUCUAUGGCAUGUGGAACCUGUACGUUUUUACCAUUAUCUUCCUCUAUGCCCCCUCACACAAGCACAACAGGAAGAAGUCAGGAGACACUCAACACACAGAUAUGACGGACAAGCCCGAGAGCCAAGAGACACAGCUGACCUGUGGAGAGCAGGGGCCAACAGAGGUCUACAGGAUCACUGGGAAGGUGGCUGAGGAAUAG